CCCGCAAUGCACAUAGUAAAUUACACGACCACUCGAAAAUUUCCAUGCGAAUAUUUUUAAAUUGUACAAUGGCAUUUAAAAUAUAAUGUGUAGAGUUAACUUUUAAGGGAAAAGACAAUACGUAUAGACGUAAUUUUAACUUGAAAAACCAGGAGGGAGACCGUUAGAGUACUUGGCUUGGGACCACUUAAUUUUAUGACGCCUGUAUAUGCAUCAGUCCCACAGAGUUCUGCUAGUCACCUUAAUAUUUGGCGGCCCCGCUCUUUACAACUUAGUUGACUCGAGAGAACAACAGCUCUAUUGUCAUUUAAUUUUGUAAUCAACAAAAAAAAUGGUUACCAAAGUAAGAUUUGUUCAAUAGUUUAAUCGUUAUAAUGCCAUGCCAUUUUAUUAAAAAAAAAUUUUUUUUUUUAGGACGAUUUAGACAAGGACCAAAUAGCUCGUAAGUAUAUCACUUAUUACCUAGUUCAAUAACUAUAUAAUAAUUACAAUAUAUUUAAUAUAAAAAACUAAUGAUAUUAUUAUACUUCAAUAUUAAUUUAAUAGUAUUAAAACGAGCUUUCGAUGCAUUCGCUCAGGACAAGGGAUUCAUCGAAACCAACAUGGUCGGUACUAUCCUUCAGAUGUUGGGUCAUGAUGUUUCCGAGGACAGACUACAGGAAAUCAUAGCUGAAGUCGACGCAGACGGUAACUUAAAAUGUAUUCCUUAUAAUAUAUAUAUAUUCAUUUAUAAUACUAAUGCUUAGAAAGGAAGAUUUGCUAGUAAUACCUAAAAAUAAUGAUAAUAAUUUCAACCUAUACAACUCGAAAAUCUAUUGGCUUCAAUAAUUUAAAUAUUAUAAUCUGGGCACAUGCUGUAAAUAGUAACUAUAUAAUAAAAUUCAUGUUUUAUAUAUAAUAUAAACGUAAUUUGUUCAAUGGAUUAAAAACAAUUUAUUAACCAAUGCAACCCAUUAAAAAAUAUGUCCAUAUAACAAAAAAUAUCCAUAUAUUUGUAUUGUAUUUUAUGAUAAUCUUAAUUUUUUUAGUUACCCGAGAUGUCGGUUUGCUAUCUUUUAGUUCACUUGAUAUAACUUAAAACACUUACCUGUAAACAAAAAAUAACAAAUUAUUAUGCAUUAGUAAACUAUAAGCAACUAUUAUAUUAGUGUAACAAGUAGAUAUUAUAUGCAUGUUUAAUUUAUUCAAACAUUUGCAAACCUAAAUUUCUCUAAAUUUAAAUUUCAUUUGCAGUCCAAAAUUUAUUUGCAAUCCAAAAUUUAUUUGCAAAUAUAAUGAAGAAGCGUAUACUUAAAAAACUAAAAUAUACUCAUAUUAUUUUAACAGAUUACAUAAUAAACAAAAAAACCUUUUCCGUAGCUCUCGAACUUAUCUCUAACGACACAUUAGUCAAUUUUAAAUUGUCUAUAUAUUUGAAAUAAAAAAUAUCCGGAUGCAAAUGUAUAAUUUAAAUGUUAUAAGUGCAUAAACUUUUUUUAAAACUUAAAACGUAACGCAUGAAACAUAAUCAGACAGAAAAAUGUUGAUAGGUAUGUGAAAUAUUCUGGCUAUGUUUCAAUAAUACUAGGAUAGACAUUUUUUUUUCUCACAUUCUCUUGUAAAAUUAAUAGACAUAACUAAAAAUUGAAUGAGAAAAAUAACCCAAGUUAUUUAAGUACAAUCCAAGAGAAAAUCUAUAGAAUAAACAGAAACGUAUAAAAAAGACCACAAGUGCUUUUUUUUGUAUCUAAAAAUAAAAUACUUGAUUAACAAAAUUUUACAAUACAUAGGUACCUAAUGGCAAAAUAAUUUUACCAUGAUUAUAAAAUUAAACUAAUUUGGUGAAAAUGAUAAGAAUUUUAUAACUACAAAGGACCCUAUUUUACAAUUAUUUUUAAAACAUUUUAUCUUCAAUUUAAAUCGUUAAAUCCAAACUAAAUAUUUUAUGCUUUUUUUAUUAUUAUUUAAUAUAAUUUAUUUUUAUUAUUUUUAAUUUUUUUUUUCUACAAAAUUUAAAAUAAAUGUUCGGUUCGCAUCAGCUAUUCCUAAACAGCUACUUAUAUACAAAUACCCCAAAUAAUUUUAAUUCUAAUUGAUUCGCCUUAAUAUUUAUAUUAUUCGUUCUAAUUUGAAUGUUUGAUCUAUUGAGUAAUAAAUUCAAAACAAACAAAAAUCGAUGAGAAUAACUAAAAUGCGAAAAUAAGAGUACACAAAGGAAGCACUUCGAAUAAACAUUAUUUAAAUUAUUUUGAUAGAAAUUUUUUUUUUUUAUGAGACAAUUGAAGAUUAUAAUUUUUAGAUAUUUAAAUAAACCGUCUCCCACUAAAAUCUAUAUAUAUAUUAUAGAUAUAAAGAUAUUAACAAAAUAAUACCUUUUGGUUUUACUAUAAUGCCCCUCAUUUUUUCAUCAAAUUUAAAUAAUUAUAGUAAUUAUAAAGAUAAUCUAUAAUUACAUUGACAGUAAUAUCGUAAUAAUAAAUAAAUAAUAUUCAUUUUUAAACUUACAACCAAACAAAUAUCAUAUUUUCUUUCUGUAUUAAAAAAAAAAUUGACUAAAAUUAUUUAUACUUUUUAUUUUAUUCGUAAUUCUUCAUAAAUAAAGUUCAAUACAACAUAGUUAAUAUAAUGUCUAAUAAUUUUUUGAUACAUGAGAAUCUAAGAGCCAAAUAUUUAAAUAUUUGACGUUUCACUUGUCGCUAUUAAUACAGCUAAUUAAUUAUUUCUGUAAUUAAUUAUCAAUUAAUUACUGUUGUUAUUGGUUUUUUUUUUUUUAGGAUCCGGAGAGUUAGAAUUCGAAGAAUUUGUUACACUAGCAGCCGGAUUCUUAACCGAAGAUGAGCCAGAAGACGUGGAAGCCAUGCAAGCGGAAUUAAAAGAAGCGUUUAGAUUAUAUGACAAAGAAGGUUAAAAAAAAUAUAGUGUUAAUUUUUUUUUUUUUAAUUUAAGUCAUAUCUCGUACUUAGGAAACGGUUACAUCACUACAGCAGUUUUGAGAGAAAUUCUUAAAGAAUUAGACGACAAAAUAACCAACGAAGAUCUAGAUAUGAUGAUAGAGGAAAUCGAUUCUGACGGUUCGGGAACAGUAGACUUCGAUGGUAUGUAAACAUUUCAAUUUUUUUACUAUAAAAAAUAAAGGGACAUUAAAAUAUACUGAUAGACCAGCAGUUAUUAUCAACAUUCUCGAACAUAAGAAUUGGAGAUUGCAUAUUUUUCUUCUUCCAUGAAAAUAAUAUAUUUUUCUCGUAUUGAUUUCAAUUCGUACUUACUGAGUUACUACAUUUAUAAAUAUAUUUAAUGCUUAUAGUUACGCCAUACUAAAAUUCGAUGUUCUUUUGAUUUUACCAUAUUAUAAUAUAUUAACUAAUUAAAAAAAGUAAAAUAGCUCCACCACCAACGUAUUUAAUAUUUAUAUGCAUUGUAGAGAUAAGAAUUAACUUAUUUCAUUUUGAGUUAGAUAAGUAAUAAAUAAACAUCUUUUAUCAAUACAUAUAAAUAUAAAUAUAGAUUUCAAUAUUUGUAUAAACAAAGUUGAUUAGCUGAUAAUAUUAUACAUGACUUGAAAAUACAAUUAAAAUAAACAAAAAAAAAUCAUUCCACGUAAUUAAUCCAUGAUUUUACAAAACGGGUUUGCUUUCUUAGUAAAAUAAGUAACCAAAAAUAUACGAAAAUUCUCAAAUUUCAACUUACAAUAAAAACAGUACACUGUUUUAAUAAUAAUACAAAAAUUAUUAUUUCAAUAUAUUUUACUUUUGAUUAUAUUAUAGUCUAUGAGAUAGAUAAACCAAAAAUCAUUUAACACUGAAAGAUUAAAUAAUAAUUAAUUUUUGAAAAGACAAAAAUUAACUAACUUAUCCAAAUGUUGACGUUUAUUGAAUUAUUUUUAACAUUGUUACAGUUCUUUUAAUCCAGUAGAAAGAGUUAAAAAAAAAGGUCUUAAUAAGAGGAAUAGAAAAUACAAAAAUAACAAUAUACAAGUCGAAAAAAAUCAAUUUGUAAGGUUAAUAUAUGUCAGUGAUAUUUUCAUUACUCUAUCAUUUUUAUACCAUAACCCCUACUAUAAAACGACAAAACCAUUCAAUAGAUUUUUACGAAAAUCGUAAAAUAAAGCGAUAAAUUUGUUGAGUAAAAUCGAAAAUAUUCUAUUUUUCUUUUAAGAACUCGUAUUUUUACUCGAGAUAAGAGAAACAUUAAAAAUAUAUUGAGUGAAACGAUAUGUUUAACUGGAAAUAUGCCAGCGUUCUUUCUUGGCAUUUAGACCAACAACGUCAAUAUACAGUCUCAAAGAAUUAUGUAUAUAAAAAAAUGCUUGAAAUUUAUAAAUACUACACAGGUAAAACGCCUUAUUUUUUAUUUUCGAAGUUGACAUUCCGUUUAUUUAUCAGAUAAUUUUUUUCCAUAAUUAUAUUAAAAAUAUCUCGCCUUUAAUUUAAUAAAUAAAAACAUAUUUUUUUAUUUAUUAACUUUCGCCUUUGGAUGUGUAACUAAAAAUAAUGGUUAUACAAAAAAAAAGGGUAACUAACAUUUAUUAUCUUAUUAUCGCAUAAGUAUCCAUAUAUUAACUAACCUUAUCUAAAAUAAAAUAAUUAUUACAUUUUCACAAUUAACCGAAAACUAAAGUACCUAUCUAGCUUUCAAACAGUUAAUCACUCUAUGUUGGCUUAAACAUCUUAUUCACCUUAAUUUUUUGGCCGCUUUUGCAUUUCUGGCAAACGUGAGAUAUAUUUUUUUUUUUUUUUUUACAUAUUACUGUAUAGCACAUGCAGUCAAACAAUGGUUUAACAAGUACUGUUUUAAAUUUAAAAAUAGAAGUUGAAAAAUGUCUAGACAAAACAAUAUAAUUUUAAAACGAAUAAUUAAGAUUUACUUUUUACUAUACGAUAUAAUCAUUUUAUAAUUUAACAAAAGCCAUAUAAAUUACAAGUAUUAUUCUUUUACUUAAAAUGUAUUUUCACGAUAUAUUACAAAUAUGCACUUAGUUAUGUUGCAUUAUAAUUGUUAUCAUAAAUGUUAAAUUUAUCAUUUAGGUAUACAUACGUUUAUUAAUUUUGUUCUUAUAUUAAGCAUAAUAAUUAAAAAUAUAUAAUUGUUUUUUUUUUCUUCAUAGAGUUCAUGGAAGUUAUGACUGGAGGAGAUGAUUGAUCUUGAUCAAAAUUAUUUAUUUAUUUUUGUUUUAGAUUUAUAUAAAAUUAUUUAAAACCAAGUUUUAUUUUACUAUAUCAUAUAUAAUAAUUGUAUUAUUUAAAUUAAAAUGUUAAGAUCUAAAAGGUAUUGCGAUGUAUUUUAUUGAUUUAUAAAUUAAGUAUACAUUACUUGUAUACAUACUCGUAUAAGUUUUUGUUAACUUAUUAUUCUAAAUUAAAAUUUCUUAUUGAUUCGUUGAAUAAUAAAUAAAUACCAAGUACAAAUAUAAAUGUUUUCUCGUUAAAAAAUGCAUAAUUCAAAAGUUUAUUUUAAGAAUUAAAAAGUCCCAGAAGCAGAUGGAAUGUUUAAAGAAACU